AUGGAAAACUCUUACACACCUUUUACUCCCACCACCACAACAACCACCAAUACCACCCUGAGGCAACCAGACAUGGGUUGGUCUCAGAAUUCAGAGUUUUCCAUCUAUGAACCAAUGAACUUGAAAAACUUCAGUUCAACACCCUUCUCAACAGCAUCAAACUCUCAGUUUCAUCAUCCACCACAGUUUGUAGCACCUUCCCAAAGCCUGCAACCCCCAUACAGACAUCCCAUAGAGCAGGCUGGUCACUCUUUAGCAUAUCCUAUGUAUCCUUUCCUUCUGGGGCAGAAUGGGAUUGAAUAUGGGGUAUCCAGUUCGAUUCAUGCUAAUAAUGGGGUGCAAGGAUCAUGUUUCAUGCAAACAGACGGGCUAUCGAAGGAGCAAGAGAGAAGAAUCAUGGAUCCUUAUAGAACAAAGGUUGCAAGGAUUAAACGAAAGCUGGCACGCCAAAGAAGCCUUAGCUUGCAAAGAAAUGCUUCCUCAGGGGCUUCAACUCAGGUGGAUGCAAGGAGACUGACCAGCUCUGGUGCUGACAAUAGUACUGAUGUGAAUAACAGCAAUGAUACUAAAAGGGAUCUGUACAAGUUUUGCACACCAGACAACAAGAGACUGAGAGUGUUGCUGAGGAAAGAGUUAAAGAACAGUGAUGUUGGGUCCCUUGGGAGAAUUGUCCUUCCAAAGAGAGAGGCAGAGGGAAAUCUUCCAACUCUUUCUGACAAAGAAGGCAUCCAAGUAAUGAUCAAAGAUGUAUACUCUAACCAAGUGUGGACCCUUAAAUAUAAGUUCUGGUCCAAUAAUAAGAGUAGAAUGUAUGUGCUUGAAAACACUGGGGACUUUGUAAAGCAAAAUGGACUGGAAAUUGGAGAUUCCCUUACCCUUUAUGAGGAUGAAAGCAAGAAUCUCUAUUUCUCCGUAAUAAAGUUGGAAAGGAUUAUUGCUGCCAACCCUCCAAGCAAUCAUCAGCACUCCGACAAUGAAAACAACUACUACAGCAACAACGACCACCACCAUAUGUACUUGCCUUUUACAUGCCAAUCCAGAGAUGAGGAAGAAACAUCAUUAGAAUUACUCAUAGAACAGCUCAAACACAAGGAACAACAAGAAACUAACGACCUUAUGUCUUUGCCUAUGGACGCUGCUUAUUCGCAUAGACUGCCUGAGGAAGCCAAGAGUUUUCUAUCCGACGCCGACGGCGUUGCUAGCAUGGAAACCUACACCCCGAUAGCUGCAACUACACUACAAACCUCGUCGACGUUGUUACGAGGUAAGGCCAAGAGUGUAGAUGAUUUUCAGCUCAAUAACUUCGACGACUGCUAUGGCGGUCUUGAUAUGCUACCUGAUGUCAAUCACUACAAUUUUUCACUUUGAGCAUGUCAGCAGCAAGCUUCAUGGGAUCAAAGAGAUUCAUAGUCAACUAAUUUCUUCUUUUUUUUUUUCUUUAUUUCUAUUUAUUUAUAGAUACAUAAUUGUUUCUGGGGUUGUGAAGGGUACAGGAAAUAAUUUUUUUCUUAUUUUUUUUUUGGUUUUGAAAGGCAUUAGGAAAGAGAACAUUGAAUCUUUCUCUUGCUUA